UGAGGGGAAGUCGUGGGCGGGUGGUCGAAGAGAUGCUGUCCUGCGCAUGCAUACAUACAUGCGCGCGCGCGCAUUCAUUCACAACAACGCUUGCAUUUUUAGCGCGAAAGGUAUGCGCCAGAACUGGACUCGAGCAGGCUUCUUUUCUCUCUCUCUCUCUCUCUCCCUCUCCACUCGUUUUGCUUGUUGGCUAUAGGUGUCAUGCAUGCUACUCAAGACUCACACUGGGCGCAAGGAAGAAGCCCAGCACGGCUGCUCUCAGACUACGCCACGACCUCGAUCCGACAACGCGCUAGCAAGCGGAUGAGCAACACAUGCUUCUAUACUUGCCCGUGUAAGGCCAUGCCACCGCAUCGUCACUCGAUCGCGAAGCACUCACUGGACGAAGCAGUCGACCGCGUGUGCCCAGGAUCACGAAUGUCGGCCUGCCUGCCUCUCUCUGCCCGCGCGCUUCAAACCCGUGGACUUUUGCUCAUCGUGCACGCGCAUGGGCUUCAUUCAUGCACGACGUGGGCCUCGGGCUUCUCACGUCGUUGCGCUAACGCAGAAAGGCGUACAAAUGGGCUCGCUAGAGAGCAAAUUAUUACAUCAUUACAUGGGCUUGGAGGGAGGCAAAGUCGUGAGUGUUCUUAGCGGGAUUUGAAACCAUCCAGCAGCAAGCAGCAA